AUGCCAGACAAAGAGACUAAGACACUGGACCAGCUCCUCGUCCCCUCCCUUCUCCCCCGCAUCUACACCUUCUGGUUUCAACAUAUCCCCUCGAACGAGCGCCUGCUCCUCCCCUCCCCGGAAGACUGGAUGAAAUGGUUCGUUAAAUCCGACGACUUCGACAGUGCCUGCUCAUCCCAAUUCUCUUCCAUCCUCACCGCCAUCCGCGAGGCCAAUCUCUCCGCAGAGGAGAUCCUGUCUAGAACCAAGCCCUCCACCCCCCAGGACUGGCUAGCCCUCGUCAUCCUCCUCGACCAGCUCCCCCGCAACACCUACCGCGGCGAAUCCUCCCGCAUCGUCUUUGAAUUCUUCGAUCCCCUCGCAAGAACUAUCGCCCUCAAAGCCGGCGAAGCAGGAUCUCCAGCCGGUGGUGGCAAUCCCUUCCGCUAUCGCCAGGGUCAGCGCAUAUGGUUCUACAUGCCGUUCAUCCACUCCGAGGAUCUAGACAUGCAGGAGCUUGCGCGGGUCAAGUACCAGGAGAUGGCGGAGGAUUUCACCCGUCUGCUUGACGGGGAUGCGACGGGGUUAUCAGAUGACGAGGCGGAGUGCCGCCGUAUUCUGUUGGAGAACCGGGCGAGGCUGGAGGAGCAGCUGAAGACCCAUUUCCGCGUGCAUAGGGAGCAUUAUGACCCCAUUGCGCGGUUUGGGCGGUUUCCGCAUCGGAAUGUCGCGUUGGGCAGGGAGACGAGUGACGAGGAGAGGAAGUUUCUGGAGGAGGGGAAGAUGUUUGGGUAG